AUGGAAAAAAAUAUUUAAUUUUAAUUGUUUUACAGCAUUCUUAUACUUGUUGUAAACGUUUUUGCUCAAUGUGAUCAAAUUAAUGAACAAAUGGCUUGCAAUCAAAAUGAUUUAUGUGAAUGGAAUUAUUGGUCUCCAUCCUUAUGUUAAUUUAUAUGCAAUUAAUUGACUAUUCAAAAUUAAUGUAAUGAUGCAAUUAAUUGUAUAUGGUAAUCAGAUAUGGCUAAAUGUUAAGUUAAGAAAUGUACAGAGGAAGUGGAAGAAUCAAAAUGUUUAAAAAUUGUAUUCAAUUAAUUUUAUAAAGGUUGCUUGUAAUUGGGCAGAUAGUAAAUGUUGGGAUUCCUCUUGUAUUUAAUUAAAGGCCUAAGAAUAAGGAAAAUGUCAAACAGAUUAUUGUAUAUGGGAUAGUAAAAGAAGAUUAUGUUAUGAUAAAAAAUGUUCAGACUAUUAAAAUUAAUAUGAGUGUUCUUAAUUAUCUUUUUGUUCUUGGUUUAAAUACAAGUGUAGAGAUAAUGGUAAUAAAAAGCUCGAGUUCUGA